AAAUUCGCAGACGGUACCUACUUGCUUUGUUUAAGGAAGUUUAACGGCAACCGAACCAAGUUUGUUUGCGGUUGGAGUAGACGGGUAAUUUCAUCAAAUUCGAACAUCAGUGAUCUGAGUUUUGCUGUUGUUUUCUUUUAAUUAAUCAACGAUUCCUACCCAAUGAGGUGCCUGAAGUGAUCAACUGUUUAACAAGUAUUUUUUCUAAUGAGUGUAGUUCUACUACCAUAAUUAUUCCUGAAGAUUACCGAUUAGUGUAAUCGAGGAAGUUAACGUGUUAUUUUACGCUGAGCGACGACGACAUUUUUAAGACGCUGGUGUGGUCUCUUAAAUGACUACAUAAUAAAGAAUUUUCCGAAGAUUGUCAAAUAAAGAUGGGAACCAUGUAUUGAUGACAUGUGUCAAACCUCAGUGUCAAACAAUGUCAAAUUCCAUCUUGUACAGUUUAGUAUUUUUUGUGAUAAGUCACAUAAAUUACACAUUGUUAUUUCGUCAGCAGUUAAGGCAUAUAUUCAGUGAGGUUCCAUGGCGUUUGCAACAGCUACGUACGCUACAGAAUCCUUGUGAGGCAAGCGACUGCUACAUAUUAAACAGGCUAGACAUUGUCGCUGACAAUUAUUUGAACUUAUCCGUGUUGCUUUCAAACGGAAAUGGUAAUAACGGGAAUAAAGAUGAAAAGAGGUCCGAGGAUGAGAAUAAAAGCGUCGAAGAACCGGAGAAGGAGCGGUGGACCGGAAUACCAGAUCCUCCGGAGACUACUAGCCGCAUUCCAACUUACGACGAGUUCGCCCGACAGAGAGAUUCCAGUCGACCACCUGACAGCCACUAUUACACCCCCACUGGACCAAUCAAACGUUCAAUAGGAACUAGGAUUCAGUGUGAUGCUAUAUUUACUUCAUCACAGUUCAGUUUGAUGUUAGGUUAUCUACUCUAAUUAAAGGGAAUAAAAGAAUGCAAUGCAUUUACUUACAAAUUUCAAAGAGUAAGAGAGGCGGAGAGAAUAUUUUACCCCAUUUCCAGUUAGUUUUCCGUUUACUCCUACAUACAGAAACCCUUUUAAAAAAAAGUCAUCCAACUAGAAAGAAAACGAGUUUUUUUUUUUAAUAAAUAAAACAAGACAUUGAAAUUUCAAGUUUGUUUAAUA